UUGCGGGGAAAAAGACUAAAAUGCAAACGCGUGUUACAUAAAAACAAAAAUAAAAUUAAACAAUAACGAUAUUGUUAUAGUUGUAAUAAUUAACAUUUCGGCACUAAUACGAAUGCAACUUUCUGGCAAUGCUAAUGCUAAUACAUUGACAGGCAAUCGCAGGAACGAAGGAAUUCUCUCGCAAAGCACAGAGCACAAUCUGGCCCAUACACACAAAGUUGGCAAAGUGAUCGGCUAAGCAAAACUUAUUGAAAAACAAAGUAUUGUACAAAUAAAAAAUGAGCGAAAGCAAUAAUCAGUUUUUUUGGUCUUGAUUUAUUAAACACAAAAGUAUAAAAAAAAAACAAAAAAAUUAAAAACAAAAAUAAAAAAACACAAAGUAUAAUCUUCGGCUCCAGGUGCAAGUGCAAGCAGGAGAGCAGAUAGAAGAACAGGGAGACCGAAAGAGAGAGCUUUUUAUUGCAUCAGCACGUCCUUUUGUUUUUGUUAUUUUACGUUUUGGUUUGCUUCACCGCUUACCGAGCAGGAGCAACAGAGGUGAAGAGAAGAAGCUGAAGAGGCUACACCUGGAACACCUGUUUUAAGGCUGCAUACCUUUUGUUUUGUAUGAAAAUCUUCUCUUCUCUUCUUCCCCCCCUUUUAAAAUUAUAAUUGCAUCUUGUGAUAAAUCAAAUGGCGGCCUAUUUGAAUCGCACCAUUUCGCUGGUCACUGGCCAAACGGCACCCAACGGCAACGACGAUCAUAAUACCUCAUCGACGGAUACCCUGGACUCUUCCCUAUCAUCAUCGCGUCCCAAUCUAUCCUUACAACCAUCGGCUUCAUCAACAUCGGCCAACUUUCAACCGAAUCCCAUGGUAUCCGAAACGCGUCUAUAUCAACCGAAUGACAAAUCACCUCUCCAGAUAUUUGUGCGCGCCAAGAAGAAGAUCAAUGACAUUUAUGGUGAAAUUGAGGAAUACGUCAAUGAGGCGACAACAUUUAUUAAUGCUUUGCACUCAGAUGCCGAAAUUGUGGAUAAAGCCGAACGAGAACUCUUCGAAAGCUAUGUGUACAAAGUCGCCGCCAUACGAGAGGUCCUGCAACGAGAUCACAUGAAAGUGGCGUUCUUUGGACGCACAUCGAACGGCAAAAGUUCAGUGAUCAAUGCCAUGUUGAGGGAGAAAAUCUUACCAAGUGGCAUCGGUCAUACAACCAAUUGCUUCUGUCAGGUGGAGGGCAGUGAUGGCGGCGAAGCCUAUUUGAUCAAAGAAGGUUCCGAUGAGAAGCUUAAUGUGGUGAACAUUAAACAGCUGGCAAAUGCCUUGUCCCAGGAAAAGCUAUCAGAGAGCAGUUUGGUUCGCAUAUUUUGGCCACGCGAACGUUGCAGUCUUUUGCGGGAUGAUGUUGUCUUUGUCGAUUCGCCUGGUGUGGAUGUCUCUGCAAAUCUGGAUGAUUGGAUUGACAAUCAUUGCAUUAAUGCCGAUGUAUUUGUUCUUGUCCUUAAUGCUGAAUCCACCAUGACCAGAGCAGAAAAGCAAUUCUUUCACACGGUUUCACAGAAGCUAAGCAAACCGAAUAUCUUUAUAUUGAACAAUCGCUGGGAUGCCUCGGCCAAUGAACCAGAAAGCCAAGAGUCGGAUUUGGCUAAGGUUAAAUCUCAGCAUACAGAACGUUGCAUUGACUUUCUGACCAAGGAACUGAAAGUGACCAACGAAAAGGAGGCAGCGGAACGUGUUUUCUUUGUAUCGGCACGCGAGACUCUGCAAGCACGCAUCGAAGAGUCCAAGGGUAAUCCACCACAUAUGGGUGCCAUAGCCGAAGGCUUCCAGAUACGUUAUUUCGAGUUCCAGGACUUUGAGCGUAAAUUUGAGGAGUGCAUCUCACAGAGUGCCGUAAAAACGAAAUUCCAACAGCAUAGCUCACGCGGCAAAAGUGUUUCCGGCGAUAUGCGUUCAAUGUUGGAUAAUAUCUAUGAGAGGAUAACCAUAUUUCGUAAUCUAAAACAGGAUCAAAAGAAUCUAUUGACCGAACGCAUUCAGGGCACCGAGACACAAAUGAUGCAGGUGACACGAGAAAUGAAAAUGAAAAUCCAUAAUAUGGUCGAAGAGGUCGAGGAGAAAGUGUCCAAGGCAUUGAAUGAGGAAAUCUGGCGUCUCGGAGUGCUGAUUGACGAGUUCAAUAUGCCCUUCCAUCCGGAGCGUUUGGUAUUGAAUAUCUACAAGAAGGAAAUGAAUGCUCAUGUCGAGAGCGGAUUGGGUAGCAAUUUACGUGCUCGUCUAUCGAUGGCAUUGGCCAUGAAUGUGGAAGCAGCUCAAUCGGAGAUGACCGAUCGAAUGCAUGCCCUGGUUCCUAAUGAGCAACUCUUGGCCAGCUCCGCCAAAUUGGCGGUGCGAACUCAGCCCUUCGAGAUGUUGUACUCUCUGAACUGUCAGAACCUUUGCGCUGAUUUCCAAGAGGAUUUGGAAUUCAAAUUCAGUUGGGGCAUUGCUGCCAUGAUACAGCGUUUUACCGGCAAGGUAAGAGAGCGCAGCAAAAAGAAUCAACCGGCUCUAGUCAAUCGUCAAAGCAGUAUUGGGCAUAGCGUUGUCACACCAGUCAGUACGCCAGUGGAAACCACGCCCGUCUGCCUGUUGCCCACUCCUGGUGUGGGUGGCAUAACACCGGAACAAUUGUCGGUCAUUUCUCGUUUUGCCAUGUCAUCGAUUGGAUCACAGGGCACUGUUGGUGGUCUCGUUGUUGCUGGCAUUGUGCUAAUGAAACGCUAUGUGCUGAACACACCCGAACAAUUGCAGAUGCUGAAAACGAUCGGUUGGCGUGUUCUAGUCGGCGUAGGUGCCCUCUACGGUUGCAUCUAUCUGUACGAGCGUCUCUCAUGGACCAACUCGGCCAAGGAGCGCACCUUCAAAGGGCAAUAUGUGCGUCAUGCCACCAAAAAGCUCAAAAUGAUUGUCGAUCUGACAUCGGCAAAUUGCAGUCAUCAAGUUCAACAGGAACUGUCCAGCACCUUUGCACGCUUGUGCCGCACUGUGGACACUGCCACCACCGAUAUGAAUGAAGAACUGAAGACACUGGAGUCACAGCUCAAGAUUCUGGAGGCAAAUCAGAAGCAAUUGAAACUAUUGCGUAACAAGGCCAACUACAUACAAAACGAAUUGGACAUCUUUGAGCACAAUUACAUUGCGCCGCAAUAGAUGACAUGACCAAAAAAUGAAAAGGAGGCGCGGGAGCAGGAAUAGGAGCAGCAACGGAAUAGGAGAAGUGUGCCCCACCCCCCCACACACUUCCCCACCAUUAUAGAAGCUUUAAACGACAACAUGACUAACAAACCUGCAGGAAAAAAGCAAAAAAAAAAAAAAUUAAGGAGAAGGAGAAUGAAAGAAAAGAAGGAAAACCAAACUGAGAGAGCAACAGCAACAAAUUGUGGAUUCCUUUACAAUUCACAUGCAGCAUGAGAAAUACUGUUAUAUUUUAAUAUUUCA